CCGGACUCAUGUGACAGGCUCGGAUUUUUUCUGCUACUGAAACCUUGGUUGGGGGAGAAUGAGGGAAGAAGAGGGUUAACAAGAGAGGUUGACAGGUGAUUGAUGCCCCGCCAUGCCUUCCAAUAAGUCCGUGUCCGACGCCCCCAUCGUCCAGUUCAGGAACUGCCGCAUCCUCCGAGACCAUAAAUUACAAUGGGAGGAUCUGUGGGUGCGACAAGGGAAGAUACUGAACCCCGAAAAACUGUUCUUUGAUGAAAAAGGAGCUGCGGAUGUUCAGGUGGACUGCCAGGGGCGGAUCCUCGCGCCAGGAUUCAUUGACGUCCAGAUCAAUGGCGGAUUCGGGGUGGAUUUUUCCCAUGAAACGGAUGAAACAGGACCGGGGAUCUCUCUGGUGGCUCGCAGCAUCCUACCACAUGGUGUGACCUCCUUCUGUCCGACUAUUGUAACGUCACCCUCGUCUGUCUACUACAAGGUGCUUCCUCAGAUUCCUGUAAGAGAUGGUGGACCAGGGGGGGCCGGAGUGUUGGGUAUCCAUCUGGAGGGUCCAUACAUCAGUGUUGAGAAGAAGGGAGCCCACCCCGAGAACUGUCUGCGAUCUUUCAGCGAGGCCGGUUUCUCAGAGCUCCUGGACACCUAUGGAACUUUGGAUGGAGUCAACAUUGUCACCAUUGCCCCCGAGAUGGGAAAGAGUGGGGAGGUGAUCAAAGAGCUGGUGAAGCGCGGGAUCUGUGUCUCCUUAGGGCACUCUGUGGCCAAUUUAUCUCAGGCGGAAGAUGCUGUAAAAUCUGGGGCCUCCUUUAUUACACAUCUCUUUAACGCCAUGCUGCCGUUCCACCACCGGGACCCCGGCAUUGUCGGCUUACUGACAAGUGAUCAGAUUCCGGCUGGGAGGACGGUUUAUUAUGGGAUGAUCGCAGAUGGAAUACACACAAAUCCUGCUGCUUUAAGGAUCGCCCAUCGUGCCCACCCCAAAGGUCUGGUCCUAGUGACGGACGCCAUCACAGCCAUGGGGCUCGGACCAGGCAGACACACCCUGGGUCAGCAGGAAAUACUGAUAGACGGUUUGAACGCUUUUGUGGCUGGAACUCGCACUCUGGCAGGCAGCAUUGCUACGAUGGAUAUGUGCGUAAGGCAUUUUCGUGAAGCUACAGGUUGCACAGUGGAGGAAGCUUUAGAAGCAGCAUCUCUUCAUCCAGCACAGCUCCUGGGCCUGCAACAUCGCAAGGGGACACUGGAGUUCGGAGCAGAUGCAGAUUUUCUACAACUGGACGACGACCUGAACGUGAAAGCGACCUACAUAGCGGGAGAAGUGGCUUGGAGUUCCUUGCCAAUCUGAGCAUCAUCAUGACCGUCAUCUUAGACAUUCAUUUUCUGCUCCUGUGCCUUAUAUACCGGCUGUUUUUAUGCAUGACCUGAUGAUGGCCACAAGAUGUCACCAGAGCCCUGGUUCUGCCAUGAUGCACAAUGGCCGUCAUCCAGUUCCGCUUGUGAAGGACACCGGAUGGGUCAGUGACUGCAAAUGUGGACCAUGAGACGCUAUGCUGUAACAAUCAAAUACUUCUAAAGCCAUCAGUACCUUUCUAUAUGUAUGUAUUGCCAUAGCAACAGUGGAGGCAGCCAUUUUGUGUCUCUAACCAAUGUUUACAGACCUCCUAAGAUGGCCAACAGUCAAAAUUUAAAGGGUUAGAAAAGGAUUAAAAAAAAACAUGGGUGCCUCCUUGCAAAAACAGCGCCUCCCUUGUCCACAGGUGGAGUGCGAUACUGCACCUCAGCCCCUUUCACUCAGUGACAUUGAGCUGGAAUACAAGACACAACCUGGUGGGGCGCUGUUUCUAAAAUAAGGCAGCCAUGUUGUUUUUUAACAUUAAUAUUCAUUUGGUUUGAUGAUCUGCUCUUCUUUCCUGGGACAAUUUCUAUAAAUGUUUUCUGCAUUCCUUCAAGGGCAA